GAUUGUUGGCUUUAGUAAACACACAGUUUUGGGAACUACGAUUCAUAACGCACGAUAAAAAGGCAUAUAGCGAAGUGGCGUGAUCUAACUUGAGGGAUCUCAUGUUUGGUAUGAUUCCAUGUUACAAAUAGGCUAAUGGUCUUUUCUCCUCCGAUUAAUCGUUGGCGUUGUUGAAUAUGGGAAUGACUGCUGUGUCCACUGCUAUACUGCGUUUCUCUCUAUGUCUAUGGAUGUGCUUGUCCAUAACAUGCGAGCAACCGUCGCCAGAGGAAGAGGAGCUGUUCAGUACUGUUAAACAGACAAAACUGGAGUGGAGUUCUACCCCAGCAAAGGCCUGGAGUGAGGUGAGAAUGAAACUGGGGUCAGAGACCGAGCACCCUGUCAACCAAGCUUGCAGUUCGAAGAGUGGCCCUAGGACCCUGUGGAGUGGCUGGAUCUCACAGAAAGAUGCCGGGGGCCACACGCUCUUCCUGGAUCUGACCUUCGCUCAGGAAGAUGAGGCCUCUUCUCAGUUGAGUCCCUUGUUGGUGUUUGUCCAAGAGUCACCUCGCCCUAUUAGGCGUUUUUCCAGUAUGAAUGAAAUCAAUCUUCUUGAACUUCGAGCUCCACAUCCUUUUCACGAAACAGCCAGCUUACCUGACAAACAAAACCUCAACGUCAACCAGGGCCUACCACUAGGCCGUCGCCUCCAGAAAGGCCUCCACCUGGGAUUUUCUUACUCCGGCCCCUGCCUGUUCAUCGCUUCCAUCAGGCUGUACUAUUGGAAAUGCCCAGGCUUUGUGGAACACCAGGCCAGUUUUGAGAGAGCAGACGGAGGGUCAGAGCUGGUGAGCGGAGCCUGUGUGGAGAAUUCGGUGGAGAUUUCACCACCCAGGAGGGAGUGUAACACCAACGGUUUCUGGGGUCCUCUGCAGGGCCAGUGUGACUGCCUACCUGGGCACCAGGAGGCCAGAGAACUUUGUGUUGCUUGCAGAGCUGGAACCUACAAAUCAGCUAUUGGGAGUGGGGGCUGUAGCCCAUGCCCCCCCAAUAGCAAAACAGAUGGAGAGGGGGCAGUGGAGUGUGAGUGUAUGCUGGGAUACUCUCGUGUGUCUGGUGACCCCACUGAAAUGGGGUGUUCAAAGCCCCCCUCAUCUCCACAGAAGGUGAGAGUGAAUCGUGUGAGCGACUCCUCUUUGGAGCUGCGCUGGGACCCGCCCUUUGACCUCGGCGGGCGGGCGGAGGUGUGGUACGAUGUGCAGUGCUGGGAGACGGAGCAGGACUCCGGGGAGGAGUGGCAGCCGUGCGGGGACGCCGUGCGUUUUUACCCAAACCGCCGCAAACUGAGCGACACAGCGGUCAACGUCACCGGGGUGGACCCUCGCGUGGACUACCGGCUCUCAGUGGAGGCAGCUAACGCCAUAUCCGCGGUGCAAGGCAGAGCAGGCUCGGCUGAGUCCGUUACCAUCCACAGAUGGAAAUAUGAUGUCAUCCACACCCCUGCCCCCCCUAAGGAGGAUCCUCCGUCAGUUUGCAGAGCUGGAACCUACAAAUCAGCUAAUGGGAGUGGGGGCUGUAGCCCGUGCCCCCCCAAUAGCAGAACAGAUGGAGAGGAUGCAGUGGAGUGUGAGUGUAUGCGGGGAUUCUCUCGUGUGUCCGGCGACCCCACUGAAAUGGGGUGUACAAAGCCCCCCUCAUCUCCACAGAAGGUGAGAGUGCAUCGUGUGAGCGACUCCUCUUUGGAGCUGCGCUGGGACCCGCCCUUUGACCUCGGCGGGCGGGCGGAGGUGUGGUACGAUGUGCAGUGCUGGGAGACGGAACAGGACUCCGGGGAGGAGUGGCAGCCGUGCGGGGACGCCGUGCGUUUUUACCCAAACCGCCGCAAACUGAGCGACACGGCGGUCAGUGUCACCGGGGUGGACCCUCGCACGGACUACCGGCUCUCAGUGGAGGCAGCUAACGCCAUAUCCGCGGUGCAAGGCAGAGCAGGCUCGGCUGAGUCCGUUAACAUCCACAGAUGGAAAUAUGAUGUCAUCCACACCCCUGCCCCCCCUAAGGAGGAUCCUCCGUCAGUUUGCAGAGCUGGAACCUACAAAUCAGCUAAUGGGAGUGGGGGCUGUAGCCCGUGCCCCCCCAAUAGCAGAACAGAUGGAGAGGAUGCAGUGGAGUGUGAGUGUAUGCGGGGAUACUCUCGUGUGUCCGGCGACCCCACUGAAAUGGGGUGUACAAAGCCCCCCUCAUCUCCACAGAAGGUGAGAGUGCAUCGUGUGAGCGACUCCUCUUUGGAGCUGCGCUGGGACCCGCCCUUUGACCUCGGUGGGCGGGCGGAGGUGUGGUAUGAUGUGCAGUGCUGGGAGACGGAGCAGUACUCCGGGGAAGAGUGGCAGCCGUGUGGGGACGCCGUGCGUUUUUACCCAAACCGCCGCAAACUGAGCGACACGGCGGUCAACGUCACCGGGGUGGACCCUCGCACGGACUACCGGCUCUCAGUGGAGGCAGCUAACGCCAUAUCCGCGGUGCAAGGCAGAGCAGGCUCGGCUGAGUCCGUUAACAUCCACAGAUGGAAACCUGAUGUCAUCCACACCCCUGCCCCCCCUGCCCACAUCAAGGAUGAUUCUCUGCCUGUUUGGAUAUUAGCUGGCGGGAUUGGUGGCGGAGCACUGCUGCUGAUUCUGGUCAUCACGGGCGUUUGUUAUAAGCGACGCAGUUACGCCAAGCUCAGUCCAGACCUAGAGCUGGCUCUUCUGCCCACAACAACACAGAUGAUUUACCGUCGAUCAGAGCAACAUGACAUCACACCUGGCCCCCAGCCAAUCAGCACCGGCCAGCUUCUGGAAGGCCUAUGUGGCCGACUGCAGACCAGUCUGAGGGACAUGCUAGUGGAUCGUGGGUGUCUGACCGUGGGAAAGCCACUGGGUGUAGGAGAGUUUGGGUCGGUCUAUGAAGGAGCCUUUGCCCCACAGGAAGGAGAUGACAUCAAAGUUGCAGUGAAGACAAUGAAAGUGGGAAUACACAGCCAAGAUGACCUGGACUCGUUCCUAAAAGAAGCAGAGAUCAUGCAAGGCUUUGAUCAUGAUAAUGUGGUCAAACUACUUGGUGUCACCCUGGAGCAGGAGCAGGAUGCCUCUGUCCCCACGCCGAUGCUGAUCCUUCCCUUCAUGAAACACGGAGACCUGCGACGUUUUCUCAUCGCCACGCGCUACAACGACGUACCCAUGUUUGUGCCCUAUCAGAGCCUGCUGCGCUUCAUGAUUGACAUCGCAGCUGGAAUGCAGUACCUCAGCUCUCACAGCUUCGUCCACCGGGAUCUGGCUGCACGCAACUGCAUGCUGGGGGACGACCUGAGGGUGUCUGUGGCUGAUUUUGGCCUCUCCAAGAAAAUCUGCAGCACCGACUACUAUCGGCAGAAUGCUGCUGUCCGUAUGCCAAUAAAGUGGAUGGCAAUCGAGAGUCUUUCAGAGUCCAUCUAUUCUGUGAAAAGUGAUGUGUGGUCUUUUGGAGUGACCAUGUGGGAGAUUGCCACCCGCGGAAGGACACCCUAUCCUGGGGUCCACAACCAUGAGCUUCUGGACCUCCUGGAGUCUGGUCAUCGACUGAAACAGCUCGAUUUUGAACAGGACCUUUAUAAGGUAAUGCUGAGUUGCUGGAGCAGAGACCCUGUGCAGAGGCCAGGUUUUGGGGAGCUGGGGGAAAAGCUCAAGGCUAUUCUGUCAAAACUGCCGCCCCUGGAGGCCAGCGAAGAGGUGCAUUACAUCAACCAGGGCCUGGUGAUGGCCAGCCAAAUGACACCUGAAGAGGAGGACCGAGAGUUUGAGGAGGGGGCAACGGGCAACAUCUACCUCGCCGGCCCUGUGGCUGUCAGCCCCCCCAUGGAGGAGGAAGAUGGCUACCUGUUGUGGAGGAACAAUCAGACAGAGAAGACCUGUUGACUGGCCUUGACAUUUCACAUUUCCGUUUUCAUGAAAUGCCUCGGAUCAUAAAACAGCCCCAAUAUGUCUUCCAACCAGAAUACCAAAAUAGGUUAGGAUGGUGAUAGCUUCAGCUGUCGUUAUGGUACUAUUAGCCUGGACACGUUGGCCCUCUGAUGUAAGGUAAAUCUACCGAGCUUGCAACGAUGUGCUUUUAAAAAAUCUAAGGUCAAUUACGUCCUUUGAUGAAUCAUCAUGACCUCAUCUUGGUGGGGUCUCUAACAAGAGUCAAUUUUCUGGGAACAUCUUUAUUUAAAAAUGCCAGCCAAUUAGAUCACAUCGCAUACAGCGAUAUUUGACUAAUCACUGAAAAAAACUUUUAUCCAAUGUCCAGUGGAUAUCUAUGAUGUUUUAAAGGCAAAAGACCAACAGUGAAGUUAAAUGUGCAAUAUAAAAUCCAAGUGCAAAUAAACUUGAAAACCUCACAAUUUGAGUUAUGUAUAGAAGGCUAAAUGCGCUUAAGAUUACAUUUUAAAAGACUUAAUUUAUGUAGAAAGUUGUGCAAAUAAGGCAUUACCAAACUGAACCGUCAGGGUCAGUGUUUUUUUGUUUUUUUCAAUGACCAAUAUACAUACCACACAGCCUCCUCGGCUGUCUUUUUUUGUGAUAUUAACAACUGUACAUAGUUUUGUGUUACUUUUGGACCCUUGGUGAUUACACUCUGAUUUCCUUUUACAUGCCUUUGACGGAUAUUUGAGUUUGGGGCAGUGCAUACAGACUGUACCCUAGAGUUCUGUACAGUAGUUUAUACAGACCCUGAGGGAACGUCAUGAGAGUAAAUUAACAAAUGUAUGUGUGGCGCAGGGCCCAGUCAGUGUCUGACAUUAAUGCCAAGUGAGCUCAGAGAAAUGUUAGAAGAGAAGCCAGUUUCAUGGGUUGUGUCUGUAUGUAUGCAUUUGUGUAUAUGUGUCCAUGUUGUAAUAAAUUAUGGGAAGAGAAACCCAAAGCACUGAAUUAACUUUGGCAUUUAAAAAAUAAUAUUGUAAUCCUCGUAAAUGUGGAUAUCCAUUUCCUAAUUUACCUAUAAAUUAAUAUAUAGCUAGACCUGCAGGAGAAAGUCAUUCAUAAAAAGCAAGGUGUUGUCAUCUGGAAGACAUAGGCCUCCAGUAGUUCACAUGAAUUAAAGUUUUAUUCGUUUGGAUUGCAAACGUUAUGUUGUCUUUCAAGGUGUGUCACACCCCACAGGUAGCCUACUUCUCAUAGUCUGCUGAAUAAACUAAAAUACCAAGACGUUCGCUCCUUUCUAUAGAUCUGUAAUGAUCGUCAAUUUUAUUUGAGAUAUUUUAGAUUUAUUUUUAGAUUUUAUUAAGAUAAAAUUGCAAUGACUGUUAAAGAUUCAUUUGUAUAUAUCAAUUAAUUAAAAUAAACUUUUUGCUACCCAA